AUGAAAUCCAGCAGAGAUGAGGCUGCAGGACAUCAUUCUAUCAGCUCUUUUGAAGUGAUGCUCUCAGCCCUCUUCGCUAUGCUCCUGGUCCUCUCUGUUGGGUUAAUUGCAGUGUCCUGGCUUGCAGUCAAGGAAUCAGAAACAGCCCUGGGAAAAAGUCAUGAAGUCAGAGGGACAUUUAAAAUAACAUCUGGAGUUACAUAUAAUCCUACUUUGCAAGACAAACUCUCUGUGGAUUUCAAAGUUCUUGCUUUUGACCUUCAGCAAAUGAUAGACGAUAUCUUUGAAUCAAGUAAUCUGAAGAAUGAAUAUAAAAACUCAAGGGUUUUUCAAUUUGAAAAUGGCAGCGUAAUUGUCCUCUUUGACCUUCUUUUUGUUCAGUGGGUGUCAGAUGAAAAUGUAAAAGAAGAACUGAUUCAGGGCAUUGAAGCAAAUAAAUCCAGCCAACUGGUCACUCUCCAUAUUGAUUUGAACAGCAUUGAUAUCACAGCAUCCUCGAGUGACUUCUCCACAGCAGUCCCUAUUACAACUUCAGCAUCACUGGGUACCUUAUCAACAACAGUUGCUGCAACAACUUCAGGCAAUGUCUCAGUAGAGUGCCAGACUGGUUCACGGCCCUGCGCUAAUGCUUGGAACUGUGUAGCAACUGAUUUAUUUUGUGAUGGAGAAGUGGACUGUCCAGAUGGUUCAGAUGAAGACCCUGGGCUAUGUGCCACACCUUGUGAUGGAAGAUUUUUGUUGACUGGAGAUUCUGGGGUUUUCCAAGCCAAUCGUUAUCCAAGGCCAGAAGAAUCAGGAGUUGCUUGCCGCUGGAUCAUCCGUGUAAACCAAGGACUUUCCAUUAGAAUGAACUUUGGAUCUUUUAUUUCAUAUUAUACAGAUGUGUUAGAUAUCUAUGAAGGUAUAGGACCUAGCAAAAUUUUAAGAGGCUCUUUUUGGGAAACUGAUCCUGGAACAAUUCGAAUUUUUUCCAACCUAGUUACUGUCACCUUUCUGAUAAAAUCAGAUGAAUAUAAUUAUAUUGGCUUUAAUGCAACAUACAGUACCUUCAACAGCAGUAAGCUUAACAAUUAUGAGAAAAUCAACUGUACAUUUGAUGGUGGUUUUUGCUACUGGACCCAGGAUCUUGAUGAUGAUAAUGAGUGGGAAAGGAUCCAAGCGACCAUGUUACCUUGCAACACUGGCCCACUUUAUGACCACACGUAUGGAAAUGAAUCAGGAUUUUACAUUUCUACACCAACUGAACAAGGAUGGAGAAGCGAAAGAGUGGGCCUUUCAAGCCUCUCUUUAGACCUCACUUCAGAGCCUGUCUGCCUUCAUUUCUGGUACUACAUGUGUUGUGAAAAUGUCUACAAGUUAAACAUUCAUAUCAGCAGUGCUGAAACCACAGACAAGAUAGUUUUUGAAAGGAAAGGAAACUAUGGGAGGAACUGGAAUUAUGGUCAAGUCACAUUAAAUGAAACAGGAGAAUUUAAGGUUGUAUUCAAUGCUUUCAGAAACCGAGGUUGCAGUACAAUAGCCCUGGAUGAUAUAAGCCUAACAAAUGGAGUUUGUAGUGAGAGUCCUUAUCCAGAACCAACCUUGGUUCCCACCCCUCCACCAGAGCUUCCUACUGACUGCGGUGGACCUUUUGAACUAUGGGAGCCAAAUUCAACAUUCAGUUCUCCAAACUUUCCAGACAAAUACCCCAAUCAAGCUUUCUGUAUAUGGAAUUUAAAUGCACAGAGGGGAAAAAAUAUUCAACUUCAUUUUCAAGAAUUCGAUUUAGAAAACAUCAACGAUGUGGUUGAAGUUAGAGAUGGGGGAGAAUUUGACUCCCUGCUCUUAGCCGUGUACACAGGAUCUGGUUCUAUGAAGGACUUGUUCUCCACCACGAAUAGGAUGACUGUAAUUUUCACCACAAACAUGGAGAACAGAGGCAAGGGCUUCAAAGCAAAUUUCACUUCCGGCUAUUACUUGGGGAGUCCAGAGCCCUGCCAGGAUGACGAAUUUCAGUGCAAAGACGGAAACUGCAUUCCAAUGGGAAGUCUCUGUGAUAGCUACCCACACUGUAGUGAUGGCUCUGAUGAAGCAAACUGUGUGCGUUUUCUCAAUGGCACAAGGAGCAACAAUGGGUUGGUACAAUUCAAUAUCCAUAGCAAAUGGCAUAUAGCUUGUGCUGAGAACUGGACCACACAAAUUUCAAAUGAAGUCUGUCAUCUUCUGGGACUAGGGAGUGCAAACUCGUCAAUGCCAGUAUUAUCUACUGGAGGUGGACCUUUUGUGAGAUUAAACAAAGCCCUAAAUGGAAGCUUAAUAAUAACACCUAGUCUACAGUGCUCCCAAGAUUCCUUGAUUCUAUUACAAUGUAACCAUAAAUCAUGUGGAGAAAGAAAGGUGACUCAGAAAAUCGGCCCAAAGAUCGUUGGUGGAAGUGAUGCCCAGGCAGGGGCAUGGCCCUGGGUUGUGGCUUUGUAUCACAGAGACAGGUCUAUAGACAAGCUGCUCUGCGGUGCAUCUCUCGUCAGCAGUGACUGGCUGGUGUCUGCUGCCCACUGCGUGUAUAGAAGAAAUCUUGAUCCAACCAGAUGGACAGCAGUCCUCGGCCUGCAUAUGCAAUCAAAUCUGACUUCUCCUCAAGUAGUAAAGCGGGUGGUUGAUCAAAUUGUCAUAAACCCUCAUUAUGACAAACGAAGAAAGGUCAAUGACAUUGCUAUGAUGCACCUUGAGUUUAAAGUAAAUUACACAGAUUAUAUACAGCCUAUUUGUUUACCAGAAGAAAAUCAAAUAUUUAUCCCUGGAAGAAUUUGUUCAAUUGCUGGCUGGGGAUAUGAUAAAAUAAAUGCAGGUUCUACUGUUGAUGUGCUGAAAGAAGCUGAUGUUCCUCUUAUAUCCCAUGAAAAGUGCCAGCAACAGCUGCCAGAAUACAACAUCACAGCAAAUAUGAUAUGUGCUGGAUAUGAAGAAGGAGGAAUAGAUUCUUGUCAGGGUGAUUCUGGAGGACCAUUAAUGUGCCAAGAAAACAACAGAUGGUUUCUUGCUGGUGUGACCUCAUUUGGAGUCCAGUGCGCACUGCCUAAUCACCCUGGCGUAUAUGUCCGAGUCUCACAGUUUGUAGAAUGGAUCCGUAGCUUUCUACAUUAGGCAUUUUC